CACAUAUUCUCUCCUUCCUCUCUACAUAAUCGAGGCUGCCCCUGCCCUUCUGGCUUCAUCUCUCUCUUUCUCUUUCUCUUUCUUGGAGUAAUAUAAUAGUUGGAGGAUUAGACUUCAAGAUUUUUACAUUCCCAUAUAUCUCCACCAACCCCCCUCACACACACACACUCACUCACUCUCUCUCUCUCUAGAAUCCUUAACCAAGAAGAAUCGAAGAAGAUUUGUUGAUAUAAAGAGAAGAAAGAAAGUGAUUUUCAUGGCGAUGAUGUUAGAUAACUCAUGUGAUGGAGGGAUGCUGUUAUCGUUAGACUCCCACAAAGCGGUUCCUGCUCCUUUUCUCACCAAGACAUACCAACUGGUUGAUGAUCCGACGACCGACCAUAUCGUCUCGUGGGGUGAAGAUGACACCACCUUCGUCGUCUGGCGCCCACCGGAAUUUGCACGUGAUCUACUCCCGAACUACUUCAAACACAACAACUUUUCGUCGUUUGUGCGCCAGCUUAACACCUAUGGUUUUAGGAAAAUAGUACCGGAUAGAUGGGAGUUUGCGAACGAGUUCUUCAAGAAAGGAGAGAAGCAUUUGCUGUGCGAGAUCCACCGCCGGAAAACAUCACAACCACAAGUCACACUUAACCACCACCACCACCCUCAUCACUUCACCGGCCUUGGCGGUGGCGGUGGUCUACAAGGCGGCAAUGGGUUCUUUGCUUACCCAACGUCUACACGGAGUAUAUCCCCACCAGACUCCGAUGAGCAUUUAUACUGUGAUAACUCACCACCUCUCUCUUCCCCCACCACCACCGCCACCACCACAACAGCUGGUAUGCUUGGGAUCUUUCAUAACGGUAACCACAGCAUUAGCAGUGGUAGAGGAGGCAACUCCGUGACGGCGUUGUCGGAGGAUAAUGAACGGUUACGGCGAAGCAAUAACAUGUUGAUGUCGGAGUUGGCGCAUAUGAGGAAGCUUUACAAUGAUAUAAUUUACUUCGUACAAAACCAUGUGAAGCCGGUGGCUCCAAGUAACUCAUACCCUUCAUCACUUCUUGUAUCUUCAAAUCAUUCAAACAUGAAUGGCCAAUUACUAAUGCAAAAACAACAGCAGCAAGCAUCGUUUAUGAAUGUGGGUAAUAAAUCACAACCGCUUCAUGCUUCGACAGUCAAUAACGUUGUUGUGGAUGAUAGCGUUAACGUUAGUAGAACAAAGCUUUUUGGAGUUCCAUUGUUGUCGAAGAAGAGAUUGCAUCCUGAGUAUGGGAGUAAUAAUACAAUGGUGGAGACUCAUAAGCCAAGUUCAGUCCCAUUAAUGCCCUAG